AUGACAUCUUCAUCAGAAAGCCACAGCUCCGACGACCUGACAUACAUACAACCCCCGGUCGUCGACAGCAGCACUGGUGCCAGUGACUUCGAGUCUGCUUGGCGGUCUCUUCUCUCAAUGUCCCUCGGGCGACGCCAAAGCCGGCGGGGUAGGACCGAAGUUCGAAAGAAGGUGUUCAUCGUUGUCCACGUCCGAGAGUGGUGGAUCGGGUUGCUAUCAACUCUGGCCGUUUCAAUUUUCCCCAAGUACAUUUUUGUUACAAGGACGCAUACUCUUUCGACGCCGGCAAAUGGAAAUGAGAUAGCUCACCCCGGUAAAACAUGCAACGAGGAAAAUGCCAAUGAGACAAAGAGCAAUGAGGGAAAGAGUGAUGAGGACUGGGAUAAUUAG